CACAGUAUGAGUUGCUGUUCCAUGAAACAAUAGUAGAAGUGUUUCAUUUUUGCCCUUUUUCCUGCUCUCUUUUUCCUUCUUCUCAGUUCCUACGACGUAUGAAGUACUUUUAUUAAUUUAGCUUAAUAAAUGACUCUUUUUUUACAUUUCCUAACUCUAAAGAACUUUUAGUUUCUCCUUUUGGCGGGAUCUUUUCAAUUCUCUUCUAUAUACUUCCUCUUUUUUUUCAUUUUUACAUUUAAUAAUCUACCAGUAGAGCAGUCUGUAAAAUACAACUAACCCUAAUUCAUUCUAUAGUAUUCCCUCAUACUUUUACCAAUUCAAUCGAAAUGGAGGUAGAACAUGAAAAUGGGUGUUUGGUUGUACCUACAAAGGAACCAAAUUUUGUGGGACUUGUUAGUAACGAAGAACGAUGUCAGAAAAAGGUUGGAGUGGGCAGGUGUAAAGAACGGAAACUUCAAGGUACUACUUUCUGCACUAAACAUUCUUCAAAGUUGCUUCGCCAAACGAUCAAGCAAGGAGAAGGAUUGGAGGAGACAGAAACUGGAAACCCUAACAAAACGGACAAUAGUGAGGUUCAAAGUGCAGAUACGAGAAAAAAGCGCCAAUGUGCUAAGAUCAAAUAUGAUGAUCAAGAUAAUGAAGAAGUCCGUCGGUAUUUCGAGAACGAUGAAGAAGAAGAGAAGAAGAGGAAUGGGAAGAAGCCACGGGGUAAGGCGGCCUCCAACACUGGUGGAGGUCAAGGAAAUGAAUCUGGAAAUAAGACAAGAGGUAGAAAGAAGAGAAUCAAGGAAGAUGAUGACAAGGGUGCUCAAGAUGUUUGUGGAAAUGACAAUGAGAAGAAAGUGGAUGAUGAGGCUUGUUUUGAAAAGGCAAAGAGGGGCAAAGCUCUUAUUCAGGAGAAAAAGUCAAAAUUUAAAGAGCCUGCGGUAUAUGAUGAGAAUGGGAUUAAGAUCGAUUCGGAUAUGUGUCAUCAGUGCCAAAGGAAUGACAAGGGGAGAGUUGUGAGGUGCACUCAGUGUAAGACGAAACGAUACUGUAUUCCUUGCUUAGAAAACUGGUAUCCUCGAAUGACAGAGGAGCAGAUUGCUCAAGCUUGUCCAGUUUGCCUUGGUAACUGCAAUUGUAAAUCAUGCCUGCGCAUGGAUGUACCAAUUAAAAAUUUGAGAAAGGAUAAUUUGGAAGUUAGCAAAGAAGAAAAGAUCUUCCACACGAAAGUUUUGCUGAGGACAGUUCUACCAGUUUUGAAGCAGUUUAACGAGGAACAAAUGAUGGAAAAAGAAAUCGAGGCCAAAAUCCAAGGUGUCUCAGUAUCUGAAGUAGAACCUCAAAUGGCAAUUUGCGAUGCAGAUGAGCGUGUAUUCUGCAACUACUGCGAGACGUCAAUUGCUGACUUUCACAGAUCUUGCCCCAAGUGCUCUUAUGAUCUGUGUCUCUCCUGCUGCUGUGAAAUUCGUGCGGGGAAGGUUCAAAGCUGUGAAGAAGUAAUUGUGGAAUAUGUUAACAAUGGGUUUGAGUACUUGCAUGGAGAGGAAAAAAAGGAUGGUAAUCAUAACCGUGCAGGUAGACUGACCAGAGGAAACAAUGUUCACAGCCAACCAAAGAGAGCUUCUUUUGAAGAAGAGGCUUCUGCGUCUUUCAAGUUAGGACUUAAAAAGGGAAGUUCUGAAUGGAAAGCAGAUGAAAACGGAAAUAUACCUUGUCCACCGACUGAAUAUGGGGGCUGCGGUGAGGCUCAUCUUGAAUUGAGAACUUUUUUAUCUGCUGAAAAGGUUUCAGAGCUUCUGGUGGAAGUAGAGAAGAUAGUUGCUGAAGGAGGACAUGAGAAUUCAUCUCUGGUACCCAAACAAUGCUCAUGUUCUGAUCCUGAAACGGAUAUUGACUCUGGAUGUAAUGUGCGGAAGUGUGCUUCUAGAGAAGGUACAUAUGACAAUUAUAUAUAUUGUCCAGAUGCAAGGCACAUUCAAGGUAAAGAUUUAGAACACUUCCAUCAGCAUUGGGCUAGAGGUGAACCAGUAAUCGUGAGGAAUGUUCUAGAGACUACGAAUGGCUUAAGUUGGGAGCCAUUGGUCAUGUGGCGUGCUGUCCGUCAAAUUAAAAAUACUAAACAUUCCACACUGUUGGAUGUGAAAGCCACUAAUUGUUUGGAUUGGUGUGAGGUUGACGUCAAUGUUCGUGGAUUUUUCAAAGGAUACACAGAGGUUAAAUUUGACGACAAGGGCUGGCCUAUAAUGAUUAAAUUGAAAGAUUGGCCUGAUACUUGUGAAUUUGAGGAGCAAUUGCCACGCCAUGGUGCUGAAUUUAUUAGCGCAUUGCCAUUUAAGGAGUACACACAUCCCCGACAUGGAUUAUUGAACCUAGCUUCUAAGUGGCCUUUGAAUACAUUGAAGCCAGAUUUGGGCCCAAAGACUUAUAUUGCUUAUGGGUUUCCUGAAGAAUUGGGUCGUGGCGACUCUGUCACUAAGCUUCAUUGCGAUAUGUCUGAUGCGGUUAAUAUUCUAGCACAUACUGCUGAAGUCACAGUGCCCAAGGAAAAACUUGAGAAGAUUUCUGAACUGAAAAGGAAACAUUUUGCUCAGGACCAGGAAGAGAUGUUUGUUGGCGGUCCUGGCGAAGAUAGUACAUUGAGAAAGUCUCCACCUCUUACUAGUAGUCCAUCCUUUGAUAGGAUGAAUUCUACUUGUGAGUCACAUCAAGAAAGGGUUGGUGGUGAAGCACAGGGUAUUACAGAUUUUGAAGUAGAACAAACACGUGAUGAGCUGGCAUCGAGUGUUGAGGUUAAAUACAAUGACCCUCGUAGUUCGUCGCAAUAUGAGGCUGAAGGCUGUGUGCAUGCAGUAUCUACAACAUCAGUUACUGGUGAGUUUGAUGGACCUGAGGCACAGGAACAAGUUGGUGGAGUUGUAAAGAAUGAAAGUGUAUCUUUGGAGAAAAAGGAUGUGGUUAAUAAUCAGCCUUCUUGCAAGCAAGAUGAUGUUGACCUGGUGAAAAGAAGUGAUGUCUUGGCCAAAGACGAUGUAAAGAUAGAUGUCAAGAACACCAUAACUAGCAAGGGUGACAAGGAAGUUAGAAAAAGGAAAACUAUAUGUCCUAAAAUCCAUGAACAAGAAGCCAAGUUGUGGACUCAAAAUGUUGCUAGUCAGUGCAAUCAAAAUUGUAAAAACGAGAUGGAUACAGGUGAAAAUGCGAAGGCUGUGCACAAGAUUAUGGAUUCAGUCCAUGCAAAUGUUUUGGAAGGCCAUGUUAAUCCUCACAAAGGCAGCAGUGGCAAUGAAACUUCUUAUCCAUCGUCUGGGAUAUUGAAAAGGACACAACAUGAUAGUGGAGGUGCCCUUUGGGACAUUUUUCGGAGAGAAGAUUCCCCUAAGCUACAAGAAUACUUGAGGGAACAUUAUAAGGAAUUUAGGCACUAUCAUUGCAACCCACUAAAGCAGGUCUGCCAUCCUAUUCAUGAUCAAACAUUCUACUUGACUGAGGAGCAUAAAAGAAGACUGAAGAAAGAAUAUGGAAUUGAGGCAUGGACAUUUGUUCAAAAUCUUGGAGAAGCAGUCUUCAUUCCAGCUGGAUGUCCUCACCAAGUCAGAAACUUGAAGUCAUGCAUAAAAGUGGCACUGGAUUUUGUAUCUCCUGAGAAUGUUGAAGAGUGUAUCCGUCUGGCUGGGGAGUUCCGGGUUCUGCCUCAAAAUCACAGGGCGAAGGAGGACAAGUUGGAGGUGAAGAAAAUGACUAUUUAUGCUGUGGAGCAAGCCAUCAAAGACCUGAAUCCCGAAAAAGAAAAGGACAUAAAAGUCCCGAACCAUACGAAAAAGAGGCCUAGUUGUCCUAAAAGAAAAAAACGCAAGGAUAUGAAAAGGAAGAAGCUUACGAAUGCCUUGGGGCCUGUAGAGCGGAUUGAUGAGGCAGAAAGAUCUUUAAAGACUGAUUCAGAGUCUGGCGAAGAUUUAGCCGAGUGUGAACACAAAGAUGUAGCUGAGAGUCAACGGAAGAUGCGCGCGCUCAGAGAUUUAGCUGAGAGUCAACACAAGAUGGACACACUUUUAGCUGAGAGUCAACACGAGACGGAUACUCUCAGAGAUCUGGCUGAGAGUCAACACAAAAUGGACACACUGAAAGAUUUAGAUGAGGGUCAACUUAAGAUGGACACACUUAGAGAUUUAGCUGAGAGUAAACACGAAAUGGACACACUGAAAGAUUUAGAUGAGGGUCAACAUGAGAAGGACACACUCAGAGAUUUAGCUGAGAGUCAACACAAGAUGGAUGCUGCACAAUCGUAAGCCAGGCUGCAUCAAGGGUAUUUAAUCGAAUUAAAAACCCGAGUGGUAGUGUAUUUUGUACGACAAAUAUUAGUUUGCAGGAAGUACAUAUUGGAAGGUAGGCCGAAGAUCCUGACCAUUUUGUGAAGCUGACUAUGAACAAAUUUUAAUACUUAUUAUUGUAUGAGAGAAUCAUGGUUUUGGUGUUUUGAACUUACUAGUUGUUACAUUUGUAUUAGGAAUGUAUUAUAUUUUUGUAUCCUACGUUAUUCCUGAUGGCCAGGCUUACUCUUUUACGUUUUAACAUAAUGGAUGUCGGAUGGUACCAUAUUGUAUUGA